UGCCUCGCGUCUGGACCCAGCCUUGCUAUCAGCGCUGACACGGAAAGACCUAUUCAGCUGUGGCCGCAUGCAAAAGCCUUUCACUCGUGUCUGGCUCUUUGUCUCCCCUCAUGGAGCUCCUGUAGGUGGCAGGAACGUUGGGUAUGAAGGUCGCCUGGGCAGCUUUCUCUUUGCGGGCCCACCCUUGUCCCCUUGGCCUGCCUGUUCACUGGUGAUCCCCACAAUGCCUCUGUGGGGGUUUGGGAUUGUGUGGUCAUAUAUUGACGUCACUCCUGCAAAGAAGUCCCAGAUAAACCCAGAAGGAUAGCGUCUCCGCAGAGACAAGCAGCUGAGAGUUUGGCGGCUGGUUGCAGCCACUGACAUUGGCUUUGCUGAGACUCAGAGUCGGCAGCGUGUCUCUGCCUUGCGACUAUUCCUGGUGGUAUGUCCUCAUGAUCUGUUGUGUUUGGAUUCCCUGACAACUAAAUGCUGUGAGGCAAAACCUCUCCUGCCUGCAGCCUCUCUAAACCCCAUGUGACAUGGCAAAAAGAGAUCAAGAGAGGGACUUGGAGUUGGACAAAAAAAUUGAAGCCCUCCGCAGGAAGAAUGAAGCGCUCAUGAAGCGAUACAAGGAGGUGGAAGAAGACAAGAAACGAGCAGAAGAGGAAGGAAUGGCUCUGCAGAACCGUAAGGGCAAUGACCUCACAAUCACAAUCAACAAGUCCACCUGUGACAGUCGCGUGGUGGUGACCAAGUCCUUUAACAGCGGCUCCCCUAAUGGGAAAGGACACCAGAAUUUAGGAGCAGCGGAGGAAAUUGUUCUGCAGGCUUCUGGCAGUGCAGGCAGAGGGCACAAGAAGCAGCUAACUGUCACCAUGGCUGGCAAAAAGGGUAAGAGGGUGGUGAGUGAGAAGUCUGAGAAGAGGCCAGACCAACCCUCAGAUGUCAAGAACCCGACCGAUGAGGUACCAACUGAAAGUGUGGAGGCAGCGGGGAGGGGAAAACAACCACGUCACUUGACCAAGAGGGACAUAACAGCACAGGAGCUGGAAAGCCAUGAGGCCAUCACAGACCUUAACAUUCCCACAUCACAAGAGGAGCAGGAGGAGUACUUGCGAUGGAAGAAGGAGCGUGAGCAGAUCGACAAGGAGAGAGUGGCACGUCACAAGAACGCUAAAGGCCAGUGGAGGCGGGCAUGGGACAUGGACAAAACAGAUAACAUGUUUUCAGACAAAUCCCUCCCAGGCAGAGAUUGGGGUCCUCCAAGCAGAGGAGGACGGAAUGCCAGAAGAGGACAGCACAGAUCUGGUGCAGACACAAGAGGUCACGAGAAGCGAGGCAAAGACAAGGCGACUAAAAAUGUACAAGUGAUGAGCAGUAACGCAAAAGGCAAAGAUCGUCUGACUGGGAGGGCCAGAAGGUGGCAAGAUAACGAAGAAGGAGAUCAUCUGCAGACUUCGGACAUACAACUGGAGGAAUUCCUGGAGGAAUUAGAUGCCCUCACAGAUGCGGAGGCAGAAGAGCAGAAGGACCAGCAUUCACAGGGAUCCACAGGUUCUUCGGCUACCUUGAGAGCAGACACCCCAUUUCAGGAAAAAGCAGAAGCCUCAUCCCCUCUGGCUUCAGAAAAGAAAGUCCGCUUCUCUGAGGAGCUCAUCCAGGGGGCUCACACAAAGCAAAUCACAGGCUCUCAGAAUUCCGCCAACUCCCAAUCAAGUCCAAGCUCCUUAAAAGCUUCCUGGCAGAAAAAAAUCAAACGUGAAGUGCCCCGGCAGCGUCUCGAAUGUGCCAAAGAGGAUGAAGGUAGUCAUGGCCAGCAGCAGGUUUCUGAAAGUGAAUGUACUAAAAAAGACAUCAAUAACCCCGCGGCUCCCUGCUGCCCCCCUGCCAACAAGCCCUGUGCUGCUCUACUGGAGACUUCUGUCCAGCCUGCGGAGCUCGCCAAGUGCAACACAAACACAGAGGAACUUAUCGACUCGCAUGUGUGUGUCUUGAGCCUGGAAUCGGGAGAAGCACACCCGGCACACUCGAGCAGCAGCGACAAGGCAAGAGAGAACGGGAAGAUUGUUUGAUGGUCAGGAAGCAAACACUGAAACAAAGACGCCAAACCUUGCAGAGUGUCAUGCUUGUUUCAUCCAACAUUUGACGUAAGGAUGGUGUUUCUGAGCAUUGCUCCAUCCGAGCACUUUAUGAGUAUCAAAGCAUGUGUGCUGACACAUCAUUUUUUGUGUGUUAGUGUGCAUCAUGUGUGCAAUAUCACUGAAUGUUUACAUGUGUGGUGUGAAGGCUGGUAGUGUAACAUACUGUAGCUGGGCCUUCAAAUGAAACCUCUGACACGGUCUAUUUGUUUAGUGCCUGAUUCUGCCUUGGAGGUGUUUUCAAUAAUGGCAAAAAACACAGUUUUGGUGAAUGAAAAAAAUAGAAAACUACAGUAGAGUCUGCAGUUUUGCACUCUAACGGUGUAGGAAGCUAUUAGCAGCUGCUUGCAGCAUCAGUCAAUUGCCUUACGUAACUCAUACAUGUAUAUACACAUUCAUCAUUAAUGGCAUAUUUAGUAGUUUUGUAACAAUGCGCUCAAAUGUUAAACUAAAAUACUGACAUACAUAAGUAAGCUUUUGAUUUUGGCACGUCAUUUGAUGCACGUCACAUUGCUCGUAUACAUUUGCACAUGCUGCAGGGCAUACUCAAGACAUUAAUGUGGAGUUGACAUAAAAAUGUAAGGUUGAUUGUCAGCCCAUGACAUUGAAAUGUUCCUAUGUUUCAAAAGGAAACAGUUAUAGGGUCACUUUUUCCGGCCACUUGCGCUAUUUGGCAUUCUGAUGCACUUAAGGAAUAGAACUUUGCACAUUUGUACGUCAGACAGCAGGAGAAGAAAGAUUUGAACCAUGCCUUCAAAACAAAAAUGUUAGCACUCAUGGUUUGUUUCCAUGGCAUUUAAGUGGUUAGGACAGUUGUCCACUUGAUUUCUCCACUGACGCGUUGAGACACCUCUGGGAGAGACUCCCUCGAGAUGUUGCAAAUAAAUCAGCCAUGUCCGUGAGGGUUUGUUAGUAGUUAAAACACAGCCUUUCGGUUGCAGCUGUCCUUUCACGCUGUUUUUGUAUGUUAAUGGGAAAAAAAAAGAAAUAUUUCAAAAGCAUCCUCCUUGAGAAUGUGGUGCCUUGUAUUUUGGCUUUGUCAAAUAAACAUAAAACAUUAGGAAAUGUGUGUCUGUUAGAUUAUUUCUCUGAUGUAACAGUGCUUCUUGACAGUACAUUUUA